AUGUCGACUGGACGGCAGUUGGAUUGUGUCACCAGCUGUAAUCCUUAUGUUUCAUCUUAUGUCUGGUACAAAAAUGGACAACAAGUGAAUGGAGCCAGCUCUUCUUCUUAUGACGCUCAAUAUGACACUGAAAACAGCUACUCAUGUGCUUUAAAAGGAUUUGAGGAUUUUCACUCUCCAUUAGUUUGUGCCAAAAAACAGUGGUGCAACAGAGUGAAUUACAGUAACAGAAGAAUCUGUGCAUUCAAAGGAUCAUCAGUGGACAUUUCUUGUACUUACAACAAUUUUGAACGUCAAAUCCAAUCAACAUCCUGGUUCCAUUCUGGUCGUGGAUCUGAGGACCUCAGAAAAGACUCCCAGUAUGCAGGUCGUGUUCAGGUAAUUGAAAGAGAGAGAGGACGCUCCACUCUGAGCAUCAGAGACCUGACAGAGAGUGAUUCAGCCGAGUAUCACUUCAAAUUCAAAACACAAAGAUUUGAAUGGAAGAGUAGUUUACCUGGAACAACUCUGACUGUCACAGCUCUGCAGGUGAAGGUGAGCAGAAUAAUAUCAGUCCAUGAGUCUCAGACUGAGGCAGAGCUGAAGUGUGAAAGCAGCUGCAGUCCAGCUGGUCGUCUUUCUUUCAUCUGGUUCAAAAACAAGCAGUUUAUGGUUGAACGAAGUUCUUAUCAAGAUCUGUUCAAUCCUGGAGACAUCAUCUCCUGUGCUUUCAAAGGACAUGAAGAUUAUCGCUCAGAUCCUGUGUACAUUCCAGAGGUUCCCACUGUGUCAGUGAGUCCUUCUGCUGAGAUAGUGGAGGGAAGUUCAGUGACUCUGACUUGUAGCAGUGAUGGUAACCCAGCAGCUAAAUAUACCUGGUACAAGGAACAACAACCGAUCAGCCAAAAAAAGCAGAUCAUCUUCAGGUCCAUCUGGUUCUCUGAUUCUGGAACGUAUUACUGUACUGCUGAGCAUGAGGUGGGCCGAAUGUCAUCUGAAGUCAUCUUUAUCAGAGUGAAAUAUGCUCCAAAGCUUCCCUCUAUGUCAGUGAGUCCCUCUGCUGAGAUAAUGGAGGGUAAUUCAGUCACUCCAUCUGGUGAGAUUGGUGACGACAGUCCAGUGACUCUGACCCGUAGCACAGUCAGUUUUUCUCCUGACAUUGGGAACAAUCAAGACCAUUAA